CCAAAAUGUGAUACUAUCAUUGUUAGGGGAUUGGGGAUGUUUAAUACGCUCUAUAACAUCCUUUUGUUAAGAAUUGGUAAGCAAGACCUAUUUUCUGUUAACUGCAAUACAAAUGUAUCACAUGAUGGCUCUCUCAUUCUGGAAAGACGCUUUUUUUCAUACUCCAGCGUUUUAAAAUGUAAUGUUUUCAGUGGAGAGAAGGGUACACUCUCUUUCUGCCUGCUCCUCUUCUUCUUGGACGCAUUGUGGCUUUAUCUAUCACAGCAGUUCUCCUACAUAUUCUUCUUUCUGGUUGGUUUCUCUUGCUGUUUUAAGCUCAUCUAUUAAGAGGUCUGUUUCUCCUAAAAUAGCUCUCUAAACUGAUCUCUGAACUUCUCAGCAAAACAGAAACCAUCGUCACAUCGGCGUAUAUCUGUAUUAAGAGCUUGGAUGUUGAUGUGAAAAGUAAGAUGUUAUUGGGUAGAACCUUAGUUAUUCCCAUGUUAAACUUGUCCAUGUAUUAUGAAAUGAAAGGCUUAUCCAGUUUAUUUAUUAUCACACUAUUUAGUACUGCUGGAAGUCAAACUGCCCCCGUCUUCAUCGUCACUCAUUUGUCUGCAUUGUCGAGCACUAAAUGUUGUCUUUUCAUCUCUGUACUUGUCUAUCUUUGUCCUCCACCUCCUUUUCACCAUUCCCUCCUACAUGUUCCUCAUCCUCCUCUUCUCCCUUUUGUCAUCUUACUUUUCUGCUCCUCCCUGCUCCUCCCCACAAUCUUCUUCCUACGUUAUCAUUUCCUCACUAAUUACUUCAUGUUUAAACCCUAAAUAUCCAAUUUAUCACUUUAAAUCCUGAUUCUAAAAAUAAAACAAUUCCCAUAAUAAAUAAUAAAAUAAAAAAACCCUAUUUAAAUCCCUUUCCCACACCCUAACCCUGUACUUCAUCCUCGCCCUGAAACAUUCCUUCAUCCAUUCCCGACCACCCAUCCACUGUCACAGAGCUGCGUAUGAAGGCCGGACGAAGUAGCGUUCCCCCAAGCAGUUCUUUCCUCUGCCACAUGGCAAGCCAUUCAAAUGAAUACCAAGGUUCCAACAUGCACCACAGCGGCAGCAGCUCGUCAAUGACUGCAGAGGAAGCGUCCCGCGGUGUGGCUGUGGAAAAACUAGAAACGAUGAAGAAGUGGGGUCUCAACACUUACAAGUGUACAAAGCAAAUGAUCUCGGAGCGUUUCGGGCGGGGUUCCCGGACCGUGGACCUGGAGCUGGAGGCCCAGAUUGAGGUGCUGAGAGACACUAAAAAGAAAUAUGAGAAUGUGCUGCGGUUGGCCAGAGCGCUGACCAACCACUUCUACAACAUGGUGCAGACGCAGCAUGCGCUGGGUGACACCUUUGCUGACCUCAGUCAGAAAUCUCCAGAGCUGCGGGAUGAGUUUGGCUACAAUGCAGAGACUCAGAAGUUGCUGUGUAAGAACGGGGAGACUCUACUCGGUGCCGUUAACUUCUUUGUGUCCAGCAUCAACACACUGGUCAACAAGACCAUGGAGGACACGCUGAUGACAAUCAAGAUGUAUGAAAAUGCAAGACUGGAGUUUGAUGCUUACCGGUCAGACCUGGAGGAACUGAGUCUGGGUCCGAAGGACGCUGUAGCCAUGGCCCGCAUAGAUGCUGCUCAGCAACUGUACCAAGUCCAGAAGGACAAGUAUGAACACCUCCGCUCUGACGUCAUCAUUAAACUCAAGUUCCUGGAGGAGAAUAAGGUGAAGGUGAUGCAUAAGCAGCUCCUCCUCUUCCAUAAUGCCAUAUCUGCGUACUUUGCUGGCAACCAGCAGCAGCUGGAGCAGACGCUGAAGCAGUUCAACAUAAAGUUGAGGCCUCCAGGGGCCGACAAGCCCUCCUGGUUAGAGGAGCAGUGAGAGGGUCCUCCUUCUCGACUACCUCCAACCCCCAACUUACAGAGGACCACUACAGAGGGAAACGCAUACAAGUACUUGGGAGGAUGAAGAUAUGAGAUGAGCGUAUGGCUGGAUGAUUGGACAGAUAAGGGAGGAUUGGACAGAUGGAUUGCAGGGUAUUAUUGACGAGUAGGAUAAACGCAGCAGGAAAACCAAGUGGCCAGUUUCAUGAACAGUCAGGGGGCUUUUAGUGCCUCUUCCCAACUUCCUGUUUUUUUUUCACUCUAACCUUCUCUUUGUGCUUUGUUCCCAGAAGAACUGCUCAUCUCUCCCUUCCCUCUCCCCUAUUCAACACUAUUUGGUUGCGUGAGCUUGUGUUAGUCAUGUUCAUGGCCAUUAUUGUACUCCUCAAGUGCUCCCAGUGCUCUGAGGUAAACUUCAACCCCACACUGUCUUGGUAACGGAGACAGAUGACAAAAGGAAACGAAUGAUAAAAAACCCCAUUAAUACACACUAAGAUGUAACCAAACACUACAUCAAAACUCUUCCAGACCUUAUCACUCUCCUCGUGUGCCUCCUUAUAUAUGAGCUAGUGUACUAAAUGAACAUGUGGCCUGCAGGAACAAAGUUCAGAAAAAGAUUUCAAACUACACAUGCAGGGGAUUUGUAUAGUACACUGGAAAGUAAUGUCCAGACAUUUCAAAUCAAUGUACAUUUCAAAUUAAGUACUGUUUUGCUUUUUGAAAUAAAUAGUAUACGAUUGUUUGUAGCUUAUAAAAAAACACAAUGCUGUGUUUAGUUUUAGUUUUUGUUCAGCUUUUUAUUUUGUAAUUAUUUCAGUUUUAGUCGGCUUGUAUGUCAUGUGCUUCAGAGUGAAGGACAGUAUACUGUUGGGGCAAUGUGUGCUGGUGCUUUAGACUGCAAGUACUGCAGUGCUUAGUCUGUCACUAUCAGAAAAGCUGCAGAUUUCAAUUGUAACCUGAAAGUUCUUUGACUUCAGCUCGUAUAUGCAACGAUCAUUUAAGGAACACUGCCACGGCUUCCCAAAGUUAUACUGGUUGGGGUCUUUACUAAUCGUAUUUUAUUUACCCAAAGAGAAUUGAGAGAAAUGUUUACUGGACCCUGGCUAUGUUUCCAUUGGUUGUUUAAGUCUCACUGUGGACUGAGGAGAUUUUGAGGGACAGUUGAACUAUGUAGGAUGGUUGUGUCAGUUAAGAUCCAACAAACUUGAAUGGAUUCACUCCAUUAUUUAAUUGUUUAAAAGGAAUUACUUCAACACAUUUCUUCUCACAUUGAAGCAUUGCAAUGUGUUUUUAAGUUUUAUUCGUCUUAGUAAAGUUAACAAGGACAUGUCAUUGGCAUCUAGGGUCAUAUCUUUCAGUCUCCCCAUAUCAGAAAAACAUUUGUCUAUGGUUACCUUUCUUCACACUGAAGAUUACUGUAGCUGUCUAACAUUACUAAUCCUAAUAUUUCAACAUAAAGCCUUCUAAAUGAGUAGUUUGGGAAUGGGAUAACACUAAUUAUUCAUCAUGUGUUUCAUCUCCUUUAAUGGAAACAUUGUCUUAGUAUAACGGUAGUAAACAAUCAUCAAUUGUUGACAAUUAAGAGAUGGUAUUACCACAUAAUAUCAGCAUGGUACUACAUAUGUAAUGUAAUUCUUAUGCAUCAUUGUAUUUAUUAUGUUCAGUGUAUGUGUUCAUCUGUUGGAAUCAACAUGUGUGUACACUGAAACUUAAUUCUCAAUUCAUGAGUGUGAAGUUCAUGGCGUUUUUGCAGAUGACACACUAACAUGAAAACAUGCCUCAGGCUGACCAUAUCUGUAAUUGAUCCAGAAAAUGUCUGAUCGAAAGUGGUGCCAGCGUCAAACCUCUGAAGUCAAAUGAAGAUAAUGUGGUGUGACGAAUGUUUUACCAUGCUGAAUUGUAAUCCGUUGAUUGGUUAGUCCUCCAGCAUCUUGUCUCCUCUGUAUUUGCAUGGCAGGCAGCAAUCCAAAGUACAGAUGCAGAUAUGUGUGAAGGCACUGAUGCUCUACUCUUGGCCUUCUGCACGCCAGCUCGCAUGGACUGGCACAACGCCAUGCUUACGGUUGUUGAUUUAAAUGUUGAAACUGGCUGAAACCCUAUCCAAAAUUUGAGUUUCCUUUUUUAAUGCUGCACUCUUCAGGACAAUUAUAAAAAAAUAAUAGAUUAGAUGAAAGAUUUUCGAUGAAAGCAGAUAUCAGAAAUGUAUUCUAUGAUUUGUUUUGCUUGUGUUUCUGAUCUCGUAAGUGUCAAAUGGGUGUAUUUUUUAUUUCUGGCAGAAAGAGUCUCUCAGUAAGACCUUGGCCUCACUUUCGAAUAAAAUGUGAGUUUCACUGAUCAGCAUCUGGUCUGUUUGACCAUCACACAGCAAUAUUAACAAAAUGUGACUCCUCGUUUCCAAACCUGCCCCUUGAAAUUCCCAACCUCAACACCAAAAUGGAUGGCAAUAGGCUUUUUUUUGUUCCAUAGUUGCGAAACCUCCAGUAAAUUGAAAAAAGUGUGUCACUCUUACUGGCAGUCUUUAGAUGGUUGCAGAGAGAACCAAGAUUUAUGAGAUGAGAGAUUUUAUUUGUGUACAAUCAAUAUUUUCUAGGCUGAGCUGGUGUAUUGUACUGUAUGAAUGAUUGCACAUAAUGGUAUUUAAGAUGAUAAAUGAAGUUGUGUCAUGGAUUGAUGUGAUACUCUGCCUUCAUUCCUCACUCAGACCUGAAAAGUCUCACCCCACAAAGAGGGAACAACAAUUAAAAGUACACAUUUUGAAAUGC